AUGGAUAGUGACAAUAAUAAACGUUUCAAUUUUGAACAACUUUCGUAAGGGUAGCUCAAAGGACGGCUUUAUAAAAAUAUUAAUCGUUAUGAUCCUAAUGAACGAAAACUCACUUAACAGCUCUCGGUAAUCUCCUUGCCUUCAUUGGUGCCUAAGGUUUCUAAAUAAAGAUUAGAGCCCACAACCUAAACUCACUCAGCUUUAGGUGUAACCAUAUAAAAUGGCAGAAUUUUACUUGAUCGAUCAGGACAUCAAUCUACAAAAAGUAAAUGAUAAUUUAAUAACUAAAGACUUUAGAAGUGACAUUCUAAUACAAGAUUAACUCAAGAAACCCAAGAAUUUGUCACCUCUUGGUCAUAGAUUAUUAAGUGAUCAUGGAAUGAGCAUUUUAGAGGAUGUUUAAAACCCUAAUUCAACCAUUAAUGAUUCUAUCAUUGGAUUGCUGUAACAACCUGAAAAAAAGAAAGACACCUAGAUGAUUAAGAAGGCACUUAGAAAACCUAAGAAGAAACAGUAAUAAUAAUCCUACUUAUCACCUAUGGAUUUUAUUUAUUUGAUAAGAACUGAUCCCGAAAUGGCUGAUGAGUUCUGUUAUUUAAAUAAAAGAGAUCAUGCCUAUGAUUAUUAAAUAGUUGAAUUUGAAGAUAGAAAUCCAAAAGAAUAUAUGACAAUAAGUGCAAGAGGUAUCACAUAUUUCCAAAAUGAUGAGAUUACAUUUUUAACAAUAGAGGAGUGGCAAAGAGAAGCUAAAUUAUAUUAAGAUCUUUAAAAAAUAGAUUUUUUUAGAAAAUAUAAAUUAUGGAAGAAUUUCUUUUUAUGGAAGAGAUUAAUGAGGAAAAACAUUCUUGCAAAAAAUCAAGAUUUAAUGAUUUCUAAUAUGUUUUCAACUGACAAAUAAUUAAGAAUCACAUUAUUAGAAGUUCGUAGGAUAUGUUAAUAAAUGGCUUAAGAUAUAAGAUUUUUAGAUACUUCAACUACAGUUCCAUAAACCCAUGAAAAUUUUAAAUAAUUGUAAGAUAAACAUUUAAUGUCUAUAAUGGAUAUUAAAUUUGAUUCAUAUGAAUAAUAGAUUAAAUAAAUAAUUGUGGAAUGUUGUUAGAAAUCUUUAGUCAAUUUUAAAGAAAUUCAUCGUAUUCCACUUCAUGAAGAUGAUAAUGAAGAGAGAGCUCCAUUAUUAGUUGGAGAUGAAUCAGGAAAAGAUAUGCCAUACACAACCGAGGCUACUAUAAGAACUCAUUAUAAAAGAUUAAGAAAAUUUGUGAAAUAUGUUGAUUACAUCAUAAUAGAUGCUAAAUUAUAGAUGAUGUAGAAUUCAGUUGAACACAUUGUUAAAUAGAUUCGUGAAUUUAAUGAAUAAUAUAAGGAGAGUUCAGGAGUAAAAAGAAAAGGAUAUUAUGGUAAAGGUUAACCAUAAUGUUGGAUAAUUAUUGAGGCAAUUGGUAAAUAGGAAGAAAUAGUUUUUAAUCCUGUGAGAGAAUAAUUAUUUAGAAUAUUUGAAAGUGUUGUUACUAAUAGUGUUAUUCGUAUAACUACAAGACAUAGAGAAAUGUUGUCUAUGCCAGAAUUAUAGCAUUAUAUUUAAGAUGAAAGCAAUUAAUAAUCAGAAAAAGUAGAUGUUAAAGCAAUAAUAAAUGGAAGUGAGAAUUUCUAAAUUUUAUGUGGUUAAAUGAGAAAAGAAUUGGAAAUUGCAUUUGAUUAUUUAGAAUCAUAUGCUGAAAAAUUAAAACCAUUUAUGAAAUGGUAUGUUGAUAAUACAGGAGUCAAUAUUGAAAAAUAGUUUGCUGAUAAAGAAGUAGAAGAAUACAGAAAUGCCAUUAAUUUAUAUAAGGAAUAAGAUCAACAAUUUUAAGAUAUAGAACCUACUCAAGAGAUUGGAAUGAUAAUGUUUGAUAAUCAAAAAUUAAAGGCCAAGAUUAAAUCCAGUGCUAUGAAUUGCAUUUAAGAAUUAUAAAAAUUUAUACCUGAAUAUAUGUACAAGAAAGCAGUACUUUUUACAUAAAAAACAGCUUAAUUAUAUUCAACCAUAGCUAUAUCACCAAUAACAGUAGAAUAAUUUGUUAAUUAUAUGGAGGCUGUGAAUGUAAUUAAUAACUAAUUUGAAGAUUUAAGUAAUGUCUCAUAAGAAGUAACAGCUAUGGCAUUACUUAUGGAUGAAUUACGUAUUAAAAUUCAAGAUAAACACAAAUAAAAAUUUGCAGAAUGUAAUCAAUAAGUUAGUUAACUUCGUAAAAAAGUUGAUGAUGCCAUGGCUAAUUAUGAUUAAAACUUAAAUAAAUUUAGAAAAGAUAUGGAAAGAAUGAUUCCAUAAGUAGAUAACACAGUUAAAGACUUAAAUGAAAGAAUUUCAGAAUAACCAUUGAGUUCUUUAGCAGCAGAUUUGGGUGAUAUGGUAACAUUUGUUAAAGGAGUAAGAAAACAAGUAGAUGAAUUAAAAAUUCAUGCAAAAAAAUUGAAUGAUUAUUAAAUAGCAUUGAAUAUGGAAUAUACACCAUUUGAGAAAUUGGAAGCAUUUAAUAAUGAAUUUACUUUAUUAGAGAGAUUGUGGUGUGGAAGAAAUGAAUGGAUUUCAAAUUAUUCAAUCUGGUUAAAAUAACAUUAUACAGAUAUAAAUUUAGAUGAUAUGAACAAUCUAAUGGAAAAAUUAUAAAAGGCAGCUAAUUUAUGUGCCAAAGAAUUAGAUAAAAAUGAAGUAGCUAGAGUAUUUAAAUCAGAUAUUGAAGGUUUCAGAGGUGUCUAUUAAGUUUUAUAAGCAUUAAAAGAUCCUGCUAUAUCAGAGAAAUAAUGGAAUCAAAUAAGAGCAUUAAUACUUGAAAAUUAAUAGCUAUUUAAAGAACCUAUCUUAGAACCAUUUACACCAAUAAAUGAUCCUAAAUAUAAUGUUUCAUGGAUUACAUAAGCUGGAUUAGAUUAAGUCAAAGACAAGCUUAGUGAAAUUGCAUUAAGAGCAGCAAAAGAAAUAGAAUUAGUUAAAAUGUUAGAAUAGGUUGAAUCUAUUUGGAGAUCAGCAGUUAUUACAGUUUAACCAUAUAGAGAAUCAAAAGAUGUUUUUAUUCUAGGAAAUAAUGAAGAUUUGAUAUCUAAAAUUGAUGAUACAUUAUUGACUGUUAAUAAUAUUUUAGCAUCAAGAUUUGUAGAAGGUAUUAGACCUGAAGUAGAAAGAUAAUAAUCAUUAUUAAGAUAUUUCUAGGAAUUAUUUGAUGAAUGGAUGUUACAUCAAAGAAAUUGGUUAUAUUUGGAACCUAUUUUGAAUUCACCAUAUAGUGCUAAGAAUUUAGCAAAGGAAUCCAAAAUAUUUUAAUAAGCUGAUACUCAAUGGAAAAAAAUUAUGAGAAAUGCUAGAGAUAGUAGUAUUGCUAGGAAAUGGGCAGAUGAUUAUUAAAAUAGAUUAUAUUUUAAUUAACUAAGAUAAAAUAAUAAUAAUUUUGAUGUUAUUUAAAAAGCUUUGGAUGAAUUUUUAGAAAAGAAAAGAGAUGUUUUUUAAAGAUUUUACUUUUUAUCAAAUGAUGAACUUUUAGAAAUAUUAUCAAAUGCAAAAAAUAUUUAGGCUAUUCAACCAUAUUUAAGAAAGUGUUUUGAAAACUUAGUAAAAAUUCAGUUUGAUUCAUAAGAAAAUGCUAUUGGAAUGAUAUCUGCUGAAGGAGAAAUUGCUGUACUUAAGGGAUAUUCAGCAAGAGGGGAAGUGGAAGAUUGGUUAAAAGCUUUAGAGGAUAAAAUGAAAUCAUCAUUAAGUGGUGUCAUGAGAUAAUCUUUAAUUAAAUAUUAAUUAGAAGAUACAUAGAGAAAAGAUUGGGUAUUUGAAUUUCCAUUAUAAAUUAUUAUUACUAUUGACUCUAUAUUUUGGACUAAAAUAACAGAAGAAAAUUAUUUAUAAGCAGAUGCAGAAGGUGAUUUGGAUGAUUGGUAUGAUGCUAAUGUAUCAAUGCUUGAUGAAUUGACAUUAUUAAUUAGAGGAAAUCUUACUGAAUUAUAAAGAAGAACUCUUGUGGCAUUGGUUACUUAAGAUGUUCAUUUCAGAGAUAUUGUAGAUAAUAUGAGAAAUGAAUCUGUAGAAGGUAUAAUGGAUUUCAAAUGGCAAUAAUAAUUGAGAUUUUAUCAUGAUGAAGAAAGUGUGCAUGCAAAAUAAGUUAAUGCAAAAUUAAUGUAUGGUUAUGAGUUUUUGGGAUCAACUACAAGAUUAGUUAUUACUCCUUUAACUGAUAGAUGUUGGAUGACUAUAACAGGAGCUUUGGGUAUCAAAUUAGGAGCAGCACCAUAAGGUCCAGCUGGUACUGGAAAAACAGAAUCAUGUAAAGAUUUAGCUAAAGCUUUGGGAAGAUAUUGUAUAGUAUUUAAUUGUUCAGAUUAAAUUACAGCUAAAAUGAUGGAAAAACUAUUUGCAGGAUUGGCAUAUUGUGGAGCCUGGGUUUGUUUAGAUGAAUUUAACAGAAUCUAUAUUGAAGUAUUAUCAGUCAUAGCACAAUAAGUAUAAACUAUAAGAGAAGCUUUGUUGGAAUAUAAAAUGAAUUUUUAUUUCUUUGGUAAAAAUGUAUAAUUAAAUCCUGAUUUGGGUAUAUUUAUUACAAUGAAUCCUGGUUAUGCUGGUAGAACAGAAUUACCUGAUAAUUUGAAAGUACUUUUUAGACCAGUAGCUAUGAUGGUUCCAGAUUAUAGAUUGAUUGCUGAAAUUAUGUUGUAUGCUGAAGGAUUUUCAAAUGCCAAAGAUUUAUCAAGAAAAAUGGUUAAAUUGUAUCAAUUAAGUUCAGAGUAAUUAAGUCAGCAAGAUCAUUAUGAUUUUGGUAUGAGAGCAGUCAAAUCUGUUUUAGUAAUGGCUGGAUCAUUAAAAAGAGCAGAACCAAACAUAAAUGAAGAUAUUGUCUUGAUUAGAGCUAUGAGGGAGAGUAAUUUACCAAAAUUCUUGUCUCAUGAUAUUCCUUUAUUUAAUGCAAUAGUGAGUGAUCUAUUUCCAGGUAUGUAAAUUCCAACAGUACAGAACAAAGAAUUAGAAACAGCAAUAAAAAAUGUUAUAGAUCUUAAUAAAUUAUAAUAAUAAGAUACUUUUAUAGAAAAAGUGAUUUAGUUCCAUGAAACAUUGAAAGUAAGAUUUGGAGUAAUGUUGGUAGGAGUGACUAUGGGUGGUAAAUCUUAAGUAUAAAAUAUACUUAGGGAAUCAUAUAUUAAAUUAUUUGAACAAUAUUCUUUGAAAGGAAUUAAGAAUCAUCCAAUUUAUUAGAUGGUUGAACAUUAAAUUUUGAAUCCAAAAGCAAUAUCUAUGGAAGAAUUAUAUGGACAAUUUGAUAUGAUGACUUAAUAAUGGACUGAUGGUUUAGCAUCUAAUAUAAUGAGAGGAUAUGCAUCAUCAGAGACUUUAGAAAAGAAAUGGGUUGUGUUUGAUGGGCCAGUGGAUGCUUUAUGGAUUGAAAAUAUGAACACAGUGUUGGAUGAUUCAAUGACUUUAUGUUUAAGUAAUGGUGAACGUAUUAAAUUAAAGACUUAAAUGAGAAUGAUCUUUGAAGUUUUAGAUUUGGCAGUGGCAUCACCUGCAACAGUAAGUAGAUGUGGUAUGGUGUAUUUGGAUGAUAAAGUGUUAGGUUAUGAACCUAUAGUUAUAACAGAAGCUAUGACUCUUAUUGAUAUUUUGAGUAGAGAUAUUAUAGAUCAUUUAUUGAUUUAAAUAAAAGUGUCAUUUAAUAAAUCAAUUACUUAGAUUAUUAAAUCAUGUAAGUAAUUAAUACCAGUACAUGAAACUUAAAUGGCUGUUGGAUUAAUUAAAAUAUUGAGGAUGGUCAUUUAAUUCUAUAAUUAAUAAUUGAGUUGCAAUUUAAGAGAUGAAAUAUCAAAAAAACACAUUGAAAAAAUAUUUGUUUGGGUAUUUGCUUGGUCUGUUGGUGCAACUCUUAUUUCAGAUGAUUAUUCAAAAUUUGAAAGAAUUGUAGCUGAUACUUUUCCAGUUGAGGUUCUGCCUAGGGGAUCUCUAUUUGCUUGUUUAGUUAGAAUAACAAAAACUGAUGGAUUGGUAGAUAUAAAUUAUACACAAUGGAAUGAUAUCAUUCCUCAAUUUGAUUAUGUUAAAGGAAUGAGUUAUUUUGAUAUGGUUGUUUAGACAAAAGAAACAGUUGCUCAUGGAUGGUUUUUGGAAUAAGCAGUAAAUACAAAUUGUCCUAUGUUUAUCACUGGAGUUACAGGAACUGGUAAAACUAUUAUGGUUAAUUCUACUGUUGAAAAAUUAAGAGACGAUGGUCUUAUAGCUUUGAUGUAGAUUACAUUCUCAGCUAAAACAGCAAGUUUUACAACAUAAUUAAGUAUUGAAUAAAAAUUAUAAACAUAACGUAAAAAAGGAAGAACUAUUUUGAUGCCUCCUCCUGGAAAGAAGUUUGUAGUAUUUGUUGAUGAUGUCAAUAUGCCUGCCUUAGAAUAAUAUGGUGCAUAACCACCAAUUGAAUUAUUAAGAUAAUUUAUAGAUUAUCGAGGUGUUUAUGAUAGAAAAAGUUUUAAUUGGAAGGAUGUUGAUAAUACUAUUCUAAUUUGUGCUUGUGGUCCACCAGGUGGAGGAAGGUCUCCAAUCACAGUUAGAUUUACACGCCAUUUCGCUUUGUUAAGUGUGCCUAAUUCGAGUGAUGAAACAUUAUCUUGGAUUUUUAGCACUAUUUUGAAGGCAUUCUUAAAAAAUAAUCAUUUCAAGAGUGAAAUUGUGGAUUUGAGUGAAAACUAUUCAAUUGUUAAUGCAACUCUUCAAAUGUACUCUGAAAUCUAAAAAGCCUUAUUGCCUACUCCAGAAAAAUCUCAUUAUGUCUUCAAUCUUAGAGAUGUUAGCAAGAUUUUCUAAGGCAUUUUAUAAGCAAAACCUAUGAUUUAUUAGAAAUCUGAAUAAAUUGUUAGAUUAUGGGCACAUGAAACAUGUAGAGUUUUAAUGGAUAGAUUAAUCAAUUCAUAAGAUUAAGAUUGGUUUAAAGAGAACUUAGUUAAAAAUAUAUUCUUAUUUUUUAAGAUUGAAUAUAAGGUUGAUGAAUUAUUUGAUUCAUAACCACCUCUUAUUUUUGCAGAUUUUUAGAAAAGAGCUGAGUUAUCUGAUAGAAUCUAUGAGGAAGUAAGAGAUUAUAAUCAACUUAUAAAAGUGAUUAAUGAAUACAUGAUGGAAUAUACUAAAAUGAAUUUAGUAUUAUUCAAAGAUGCUAUUGAACAUUUGACUAGGAUUAGUAGAGUGUUAAGAUAAUAAAGAGGACAUUAUAUGUUAGUUGGAGUUGGAGGUUCUGGUAAGAAAUCAUUGACACAACUAGGAGCUGUUUUGGCUGGUUGCAAAAUAGAUACAAUUGAGAGUAAGAAAAAUUAUGGUAAGAAAGAAUUUAAGGAAGAUUUAUUUAGAAUGAUGUGUGCAGUAGGAAUUGAUAAUAGAUUGGUAGCAUUCUCUUUUUCAGAUACAUAAAUAUUAUAAGAAGGUUUUCUUGAAGAUGUUAACAAUCUUCUUAAUUCAGGUGAAGUACCUAAUAUGUUGACUAAAGAUGAUUUAGAAAUUAUUAAUUAAGGAUUAUAAGCAGAAGCAAGAGAAUUAAAAAUUAAUGAUAUAUAUCCAUACUUUGUCUAAAAAAUUAGAUCAAAUUUACAUAUUGUUUUAGGAUUAUCACCAAUAGGUGGAUAAUUAAGAGUAAGAUUAAGAAUGUUUCCAAGUUUAGUUAAUUGUUGUACAAUAGAAUGGUUACACAAAUGGCCAUAAGAAGCAUUGAUGAGUGUGGCAGAAAUGUUUUUAGAAACUUUAGAAUUUGAUGGUCUAACUAAAGAUAUGAGAUAAAAUCUUUAUUAAAUGUGUGUUCAUGUUCACUAAAGUGUUGAAAGAAAAUGUGAUGAAUUUUAUGCUGCUCUUAAAAGAAAUGUUUAUGUCACUCCAAAAUCAUAUCUUGAUUUAAUAGAAUCUUAUAAGACAUUAUUGAUGAUGAAAAAAGAAGAAUUAUAAUCAAAUAAGUUGAAAUUAGCUUCAGGAUUACAUAAAUUACAUGAAGCUAAUAGUAUCAUUAGUGAUUUAAAAGUUAAAUUAACUGAAAUGCAACCAAUUUUAAAAUAAAAAACUAUAGAUUAAGAAUAAUUACUCUAAAAAUUAUAAAUUGAUUCUUCUGAAGCUAAUAGAGUAAAACAGUUAGUUUCAGAAGAAGAAAGAUAAGUUAAUGAAUAGGCAUCAAGAAUUAAGGAAACUAAAGCUGAAGCUGAUAAAAUACUUAAUGAAGCUAUUCCUACUUUGAAUGCUGCCACAGAAGCACUUAAUACUCUUAAUAGAAAUGAUAUUUCUGAAAUUAAAAGUAAUAACAACCCAUAACCAAUUGUACGUUUUACUUUAGAAUGUGUUGCUAUUUUAUUUGAAGAAAAAUUGGAUUGGGAUUCUAUUAAAAAACUAUUGGCUGAUCCUAAUUUCUUAGCAAAAAUGAAAGGAUUAGACGUAGGUAAAAUAAAAUAAGUAACUUAAAAUAAAAUUAAGGCUAAAAUAGCUAGUAAUCCUGAAUUCAUACCAAAUUUAGUUUAAAAAGUAAGUGUUGCUGCAAAGUCUAUUUGUGAAUGGGUUAGAGCUGUGAGUGAAUUUACUGAUGUAAAUAAUGAUGUAGAGAAAAAGAAAAGUCAAGUAGAAGCUAUGAAUUAAUAAUUAGAGAAAGCUAAUAAAAUAUUAUUAUAAAAACAAUCUGAAUUAGCUUAAGUAGUUAAAAAAGUAACAGAAUUAGAAAUACAAUUCAAUUAAAAUAAAUAAGAAAAAGAUCGUCUUGAUUAAGAUAUUUAAACAACAGAAUAAAGAUUAAUAAGAGCUGAAGAACUUACAGUUGGAUUAGCAGAUGAGUAAGAAAGAUGGAAAAUUAAAGUUGAAAGUUUAACUGAAGAAAUAUAACUACUCUUGGGUAAUGUAUUCUUGGGAGGUUCAACAGUAGCUUAUUUGGGUCCAUUUACUGGAACCUUUAGAAAUUAAUUAAUACAAAAUUGGAUGGAAAAAGCAACAGAAUUAACUAUUCCUUUGAGUGAGAAAUAUAAUUUUGAAUCAGUCUUAGGAGAUGCUCUUGAAAUUUAAUAAUGGGCAGCAAAUGGAUUACCUAAUGAUACAGUUUCAAAGUCAAAUGGUAUCAUUCAAAAAUACAGUAGAUCUUAUCCUAUGUUUAUUGNGAUUAAGAAUAAUUACUCUAAAAAUUAUAAAUUGAUUCUUCUGAAGCUAAUAGAGUAAAACAGUUAGUUUCAGAAGAAGAAAGAUAAGUUAAUGAAUAGGCAUCAAGAAUUAAGGAAACUAAAGCUGAAGCUGAUAAAAUACUUAAUGAAGCUAUUCCUACUUUGAAUGCUGCCACAGAAGCACUUAAUACUCUUAAUAGAAAUGAUAUUUCUGAAAUUAAAAGUAAUAACAACCCAUAACCAAUUGUACGUUUUACUUUAGAAUGUGUUGCUAUUUUAUUUGAAGAAAAAUUGGAUUGGGAUUCUAUUAAAAAACUAUUGGCUGAUCCUAAUUUCUUAGCAAAAAUGAAAGGAUUAGACGUAGGUAAAAUAAAAUAAGUAACUUAAAAUAAAAUUAAAGCUAAAAUAGCUAGUAAUCCUGAAUUCAUACCAAAUUUAGUUUAAAAAGUAAGUGUUGCUGCAAAGUCUAUUUGUGAAUGGGUUAGAGCUGUGAGUGAAUUUACUGAUGUAAAUAAUGAUGUAGAGAAAAAGAAAAGUCAAGUAGAAGCUAUGAAUUAAUAAUUAGAGAAAGCUAAUAAAAUUUUAUUAUAAAAACAAUCUGAAUUAGCUUAAGUAGUUAAAAAAGUAACAGAAUUAGAAAUACAAUUCAAUUAAAAUAAAUAAGAAAAAGAUCGUCUUGAUUAAGAUAUUUAAACAACAGAAUAAAGAUUAAUAAGAGCUGAAGAACUUACAGUUGGAUUAGCAGAUGAGUAAGAAAGAUGGAAAAUUAAAGUUGAAAGUUUAACUGAAGAAAUAUAACUACUCUUGGGUAAUGUAUUCUUGGGAGGUUCAACAGUAGCUUAUUUGGGUCCAUUUACCGGAACCUUUAGAAAUUAAUUAAUACAAAAUUGGAUGGAAAAAGCUACAGAAUUAACUAUUCCUUUGAGUGAGAAAUAUAAUUUUGAAUCAGUCUUAGGAGAUGCUCUUGAAAUUUAAUAAUGGGCAGCAAAUGGAUUACCUAAUGAUACAGUUUCAAAGUCAAAUGGUAUCAUUCAAAAAUACAGUAGAUCUUAUCCUAUGUUUAUUGAUCCACAAUUAUAAGCUAAUACUUGGAUCAAGAAUAGUUAUAGAGAGCAUAAUUUGAAAGUUUUAAAGAUUACAUAAGAAGGACUUAUUAAACAUAUAGAAAAUGCAGUUUAAACAGGAAUUCCUUUGCUUUUAGAAGAUGUUUAAGAAUAAUUGGAUAACUUUUUAGAACCAUUAUUAUUGAAAUAAUUUAAUAUAAUAAAUAGAAGAAAAAUGAUAAAGAUAGGGGAUAGAGAAGUUGAAUUUGAUCCUAAUUUCAAAUUAUUCUUUAGUACAAAAUUGGCAAAUCCAUAAUUUUUACCAGAGAUAUUUAUUAGAGUAACAGUGAUUAAUUUUACAGUCACAGAAUAAGGUUUAGAAGAAUAAUUACUUGGAGAUGUUGUAUAGAUUGAAAAACCUGAGAUGGAAGAAGAGAAAAAAGACUUGAUUAAGAGAAUUUCUACUGGAAACAUGAAUUUAAGAAAGAAUGAAGAGAAGAUUUUAAAUCUAUUAGCAAAUUCUAAAGGAAUGAUUUUAGAUAAUGUUGAUUUAAUUGAAAAUUUAAAGAUAUCAAAAUAAGAUGCAAUAUAAGUUAAAGAAAGUUUAGUAAAUCAAGAAUAGAAAUCUGCUGAAAUUGAAGCUGCAAGAUAAUAAUAUUUGCCAGUGGCUACUAGAGGUAGUUUGCUUUAUUUUGUUAUUGCAGAUUUCACUUUGGUAGAUCCAAUGUAUUAGUUUUCAUUAAAUUAUUUCAAGAGACUUUAUUAAAAUGUAAUUAGAAAUUCAGAAAAGAAUGAAGAUAUAAAAAUAAGAAUUUCUACAUUAAUAGAUGGCAUAACUGAAGCAAUCUACUCAAAUGUUUGUAGAGGUCUAUUUAAUUAACAUAAGAGAAUCUUUUCAUUUCUAAUGACUGUUAAAAUAUAACUAAAUGCAAAACAAAUCUCUUUUGGAGAAUGGAAUCUUUUUAUAAGAGGUGCAAGUCUAUCAAUUUAACCACCAGCUAUGCCUAAUACUGUUAAAUUAACUCCUAAAAUCUGGAAUGAAUUGUAUCAAUUAACAACAGUCCAUUAAAAUUUUAUACAAAUUUACAACUAAACAUUAACUAACUUCAAAGAGACUGAGUAAUUAAUACAAUCUGAUAAUCCUUGGAGUUUAUUAAAUGAGUAAUUGACUCCUUUCUAAAAAUUAAUGAUUGUAAAAGUUUUAAGAGAAGAAGAAUCUUUAUAUGCAAUGACAUAUUAUGUGGAUGCAAUCUUAGGAAAGAAAUACACUUCUAAUAAUUAAGCAUCAAUUGAAGAAAUUUUCAAUGAUACUGAUCAUAAAACUCCAUUUAUAUUUAUAUUGAGUUAAGGUGCAGAUCCAUUAUCUAGUUUAAUAAGAUUAGCUAAUCAAAAGAAAAUAUCAUCUGAAAAGCUUAGAAUAAUAUCACUUGGUUAAGGACAAGGAAUAAUUGCUGAAAAAGCAAUUGAAAGUGGAGUCAAGAGUGGUGAUUGGGUAAUACUAUAAAAUUGUCAUCUUGGAAAAUCAUUCAUGCCAACUCUUGAGAAAAAAUUAGAAUGGUUUGAGGAUCCUGAAUUAUAAUCAUAAUUUAACACUGGUUUUAGAUUGAUGUUGACAAGUAUGCCAUGUGAUUACUUCCCUGUAAGUGUUCUCUAAAACAGUAUUAAAUUAACUACUGAACCUCCUAAAGGAUUGAAAUCUAAUAUGUUUAAGAGUUAUACUGAUUUAUCUUCAGAAUAAGUUGAAAAUUGUGAAAAAAAAGAGCCAUGGAAAAAAUUACUCUUUUCUCUAGCAUUUUUCCAUGCCGUUGUUCAAGAACGUCGUAAAUUUGGACCUUUAGGUUGGAACAUUAGAUAUGAGUAAAAUUUCAUUUAAAAUUAGAUUUAAUGAUUCUGAUCUUGAAACUUCAUACACAUUACUUAGGAAUUUUCUUGAUUAGCCUUAAGAUAUACCUUGGGAUGCAAUUGUCUAUGUUGUCGGAGAAAUUACAUAUGGUGGAAGAGUUACGGAUGAUUGGGAUCGAAGAUGUUUACUCACAAUUUUAUCCAAGUUUAUAAAGUAAAAUAAUUAUUUAAUAAUUUUAGUGAAGAGGCAUUAAAUGAUGGAUACUCUUUUUCAGAUUCAGGUGUAUAUAAAUAACCUGCAGAAAUGAAUAUUGAUGGAUAUAGAAAUUUAAUUAAUAAAUUCCCUGAUUUUGAAAAACCUGAAGUUUUUGGAAUGAAUGAAAAUGCCAAUAUUACUUUUAAAUUAACUGAAUCAAAAAUGGCUUUGUCUACUAUUUUAAGUAUUCAACCAAGAGAAAGUGCUUAAGCAAGUGACUCAGAUUAAAAAGCAAAAACACCAGAUGAAAAUGUUUUGGAACUUUGUGAUAUUCUUGCCUAGAAACUUCCAUUUUAAAUUAAAGAAUAGGAAAAAAAGAAAAAAUAAGCUGCUCCUUAACAUAAUUCAUCUGAAAUUGAUUCACUAAAGGUUUGUUUAAAUUAGGAAGUUCAAAGAUUUAAUAAAUUAUUAUCAGUUAUUGGAAAUUCAAUAAAAAAUUUAUAAGCAGCUAUUAAAGGAGAAGUAGUAAUGUCAGCUGAACUCGAUAAAAUGUACAGCUCCUUACUUAAUAAUUAAGUCCCUUAAAUUUGGGCUAACAAAGCUUAUCCUUCUUUAAAACCUUUAGCCUCAUUUUAUGAUGAUAUGAUAAAAAGAGUUAAUUUCUUCAGAGAUUGGUUUAAUUUAGAAUUUGGCUAUCCAAAAGGCUAUUGGAUCUCAGCAUUCUUCUUCCCAUAAGGUUUCCUAACUUCAGUUCUCUAGACAUUUGCCAGAAAAAAUUAAAUUGCUAUAGAUGUUCUUGGAUUCAGUUUCAAAUUCUUUAAUUAUGUAGAUAGUGAAAUGGUAAUAAAGUUUAAACUAUUUAGAUUACAUCAACUCCUGAUAAUGGAGCUUACAUUUAUGGUUUAUACAUAGAAGGAUGUAAAUUUGAUAUAAACAAAGGAAUACUAGAAGAUCAAUUACCUGGCUAAACCAUUUAUUAGGCUCCUAUAAUACAUUUUAUACCUACUUAAGACUAUAAACCUAAUCCAAAUGAAUAUUCAAUGCCUCUUUAUAAAACAAGUAUCUAUUCAAAAUAAAUCUUAAGGUCUUCGGGCAGGAGUGUUAUCAACUACAGGACAUUCUACUAAUUUCAUAAGAGCUAUUGAGUGCCCUACAAAAAAGAAUCCUGACUAUUGGAUUCUUAAUGGAGCUGCCUUUACAACCCAACUAAAUGAUUGA